CGUUUCGUUCCAUCUUUAAUUUUUUCCAUCACUUUUUGACAUUUUCUUUCAUCAAAGAUGGCUAUUAACGUCGCGCGCUGGAGCAUUGGUCUUUUGGUGUUGCUUAGUAUCUUGCCAUGUGUAUUUGGAUUGUACUUUUAUCUCGAGGGUUCCGAGCAAAAGUGCUUCACAGAGGAAUUACCCAAAGAGACUAUGGUGACAGCUGAUUACACUGCUGAGGAAUGGAGCGAGGAAGCAAAAAAGUUUGUCUUGAACAAGGACGUUUUGAUCGAAGUAUUUGUCAAUGAGAUAUCGUCGGGUACUAGGAUGUAUAACCAAAAGUUGCCUUCAAAGGGCAAGUUUACGUUUACUUCGGCCGAGUCUGGAGAGCAUGCAAUUUGUCUACAGACUUCGGCUGCUGGAUGGUUCAGUACUCAAAAAAUUAGGGUCACAUUUGACAUGGACAUUUCUGAUAUUCUGGAUGACACGGAUACACCUGAGAAUCAAUUGAGCGAUUUGGCUCAGCGUGUCCGUGAAUUGAACAACAAGGUCGGCGACAUUAGACGCGAGCAGUCGUUCCAUCGUGAACAUGAGAUGGAUUUCCGUAAUGUAAGUGAGGCUGCCAAUGGACAUACGGUUUCCUGGACGAUUGUCCAGUUGAUUAUCUUGGCAAUCACUGCUGCUUGGCAGAUGCGUCACCUCCGCGGCUUCUUUGAGGCCCGAAAGAUGAUCUAGAAGGUUAAAAAAGAAAAAAAAAGUUGCUACUCUUUUAUUAAUGUCAAAUAAAAUAAAGAC